CCGCAACUGCCCGCGGCCCGAGAGCGACCGCCGGCCCCCUGCGCCCCUGCAGGGUCCACCCCGCGGCCGGUCCCCCGCGGCCCGUCCACCGCUGGGAAAGCGCACAGUCGGCCGCGCCGCUCCCUUCCGCCGGCUGUGCGACCGUGUCGUAAGGCAGCCCGUGCGCCGGCGCGACUCUGCCGUGCGCCGCGGCAGCCGGGGGACGCGGGCCAUGGCCGCCUUGCGGCCCUCCAGGAGCGCCCUGCUCCCUCCGCUCUGCCGCGCCUUCGCUGGCCCCGGCUGUCAGCUGGCUCGCGAGCGAGCUGGGGAGCGCAGGGAUGCGGCGCCGAGCCGGGUCUCAGGAUUCCAGCCUCCAAGAAAAUCUUGCCAUGAUUGGAUAGGACCCCCAGACAAACAUUCAAACCUUCGACCUGUUCACUUUUAUGUCCCCGAAAAUGAAUCACCAUUGGAACAAAAGCUACGAAAAUUAAGACAAGAAACGCAAGAAUGGAACCAGCAGUUUUGGGCAAACCAGAAUUUGACAUUUUGUCGGGAGAAAGAAGAAUUUAUUCACUCACGACUGAAAGCUAAAGGCCUGGAACUGAGAACCAGAUCAGGUCAAAAAGCAACAUUAGACGCAGAAGAAAUGGCUGACUUUUACAAGGAAUUUUUAAGUAAAAAUUUUCAGAAACACAUGUAUUAUAACAGAGACUGGUACAGGCGCAAUUUUGCCAUCACCUUCUUCAUGGGAAAAGUGGCCCUGGAGAGGCUUUGGAACAAGCUGAGGCCACAGCAAGGGAAGAGCAGCGCUUAGGAGCCCACCUUGACCUACGCGCUGGUGUCCCGGUUCCCGCGGGAAGCAGCUGCUUUGCGAGUUCAUUUUCCAAGGGCCCUAAACCUGUAAGUGACCUGAUUCCGCACCUUCCUCCUGGGGGCCCCUGACUUAUGUCGGGACAGGGUGCCCUGGGAGAACGGGGUCCUGGUGGGCUGCAGGCCCCGGGCCUCUCCCGGCUGUGGAUCCCAAGCCGGCCCUGGCUCACGGACAUGAUACUAAAUAAAACCCAGGCACUGUGCA